AUGGGUGUGCAAAAGGAAGACGUGGAAAAGUUCCUCAAGGGGAACCCUGCAUUUGCUAAACAGUACUUUGCCAAGAAGAUGAGCUCUGCCUCCAUAUCAAAGGCAUCAGGACUCCCAGAGAAACAGAUUGACUUCAGCCAGUUCCAGGAGCUCAGUCAGGUUGAAGAAAGCCAAAUCAUGUACGACUUGAUCAAAGACAUGCAGGAGAACAUCAACGUGGAAAAGGUGGUCUUCAAGAUCCUGAAGAGAAUCAGUGCGCUCAUCCACGCAGACCGAUGCAGCUUGUUUAUGUACCGGCAGCGAAACGGCAUUGGAGAGCUUGCCACAAGGCUCUUCAAUGUCAACACAGAGGCAAAGUUGGAAGACUGUGUGGUGCCACCCGACUCUGAGAUUGUUUACCCGCUGGACAUGGGAAUAGUCGGCCACGUGGCCCUGACCAAGAAGACUGUUAAUGUGAAAGAUGUCACAGAGAGCCAGCACUUCAGCUCAUUUGUCGACGAUCUCACAGGAUACAAGACCCGGAACAUUUUGGCUAUGCCCAUCCUCAAUGGCAAAGACAUGGUGGCCGUGAUCAUGGCUCUAAACAAGACCACAGGACCACAUUUCACUGCUGAGGAUGAAGAUCUUUUCUUAAAGUAUCUGAAAAUUGCCACUUUGAAUUUGAAGAUCUACCACCUGAGUUACCUCCACAACUGUGAGACGCGUAAAGGACAGCUGCUGCUGUGGUCUGCCAACAAGGUUUUUGAAGAGCUGACAGACAUUGAGCGACAGUUUCACAAAGCCUUGUACACAGUCCGAGCCUACCUCAACUGUGACCGCUACUCUGUCGGUUUACUAGACAUGACAAAGGAGAAGGAGUUCUUUGAUAUUUGGCCAGUGUUGAUGGGAGAUCAGGCACCUUACUCUGGUCCUGUCACUCCUGAUGGCAGGGAGAUAAUUUUCUACAAAGUGAUUGACUAUAUACUACAUGGAAAAGAAGACAUCAAAGUAAUACCAAAUCCGACUCCAGAUCAUUGGGCCUUGAGUAGCGGCCUUCCUACUUAUGUUGCUGAGAGCGGUUUUAUUUGUAACAUUAUGAAUGCAGCUGCUGACGAGACGUUCCAGUUCCAGACAGAGCCACUCGACAGCAGUGGAUGGACCAUAAAGAAUGUUCUCUCUCUGCCAAUCGUCAACAAAAAAGAAGAGAUAGUUGGUGUGGCCACUUUUUACAACAGAAAAGAUGGAAAGCCUUUUGAUGAUCAGGAUGAGCAGCUCAUGGAGGCUUUGACCCAGUUCCUGGGCUGGUCAGCUUUGAACACUGACACUUACGACAAGAUGAACAAGCUGGAGAAUCGUAAAGACAUCGCUCAGGACAUGGUGCUCUACCAUGUCAAAUGUCGGGAUGAUGAGAUUCAGAAUAUCCUGAACACCAAAGAAGUCUAUGGCCUUGAACCCAGAGAGUGUGAAGAGGAGGAGCUCCUAGCUAUUCUGAAAAAAGAUCUACCUCCACUUAUUAAGAAGUUUGAGAUCUACGAGUUCCACUUUUCGGAUUUUAACUGCACAGAGAUGGAAUUGGUGAAGUGCGGCAUCCAGAUGUACUAUGAGGUUGGGGUGGUCAAGAAGUUCCAGAUCCCUCAAGAGGUGCUGGUUCGGUUCAUGUACUCGGUCAAUAAAGGCUACAGAAAGAUCACCUACCACAACUGGCGUCAUGGGUUUAACGUGGGACAGACCAUGUUCACACUCUUAACGACGGGAAUGCUGAAACGGUACUACACAGACUUGGAGGUAAUGGCCAUGAUAACUGCAGGCUUCCUGCAUGAUAUUGAUCACAGAGGGACCAACAACUUGUACCAAGUCAAAUCUGGCAACCCGUUGGCCAAGCUACAUGGCUCAUCCAUUUUGGAACGACACCAUCUAGAGUUUGGAAAGUUCCUCUUAGCUGACGAGUCACUGAAUAUCUACCAGAACCUUAACAGGCGACAGGUAGAACAUGUGAUUCAUCUCAUGGACAUCGCUAUCAUCGCCACUGACCUGGCUCUUUAUUUCAAGAAAAGAACCAUGUUCCAGAAGAUUGUGGACCUUUCACACACAUAUGAGGAUGAAAAGAAGUGGGUGGACUUCAUGUCUCUAGAAACAACCAGAAAAGAAAUCGUCAUGGCCAUGAUGAUGACCGCAUGUGACUUGUCAGCUAUCACCAAGCCUUGGGAGGUGCAGAGCAAGGUUGCCUUGUCUGUAGCAGCAGAGUUUUGGGAGCAGGGUGACCUGGAGAGGACAGUUCUGGAGCAACAACCUAUUCCCAUGAUGGACAGGAACCAUGCACCAGAACUUCCAAAGCUACAGUGUGGUUUCAUUGACUUUGUCUGCACGUUUGUCUACAAGGAGUUUUCUCGCUUCCACCCACAAAUCCAGCCCAUGCUGGACGGCAUCCUAAAUAACAGGAGGGAGUGGAAUGCUAAAAAAGAAGAGUACGAGGCUACACUCAAAGCCCUAGAGGAGGAGAAGGCUGCUAAAGAGGCAGCCAAAGCCAGUAAAGCUCCUGCAAACAACAGUGGCUCCAAGACCUGCUCUAUGUGCUAAAAGGUCGAAAAGCUGUGGAAGUGCAGACAACUUUAGAAUUACCUGAGCACCACAGCCAGCCAGUCCGUCUCACCGCCAAGGAAGAAAAUGCAAUUAAGUCAGGAAGACAGAAGUGUGAGUAAAUGCACAGCGCCGUAGUAUUUCUUCAAAAGAACUGGUUCCGAUCAGAAAUGAAAAACUUAAACAAGGAAGAAGAGCAAUGUUUCAUCCAGGUGAGGCAAAAUAUGAAUUCAGAACAAGGCAGGAUACUCCCACAUCUUGACAAAAAUCUAAUCUCUGAGGAACAACAGAAACAGACGUGCGCAUACGUGCAUGAUUGUUGGACAAACAUACAUUUAUUUUGACCGUUUCUUUAAUGUAAAUAACACAGCAAAAAUGAGAGGAUACAACUUGUACAUACAUCUGUGUAGUAAAGUGAUACCCAUGUACAGGAUGUAAUAAUUAUUUGCUGCAAAGCCCAGGUCACCGUAGAUUGGAUAUCAUGUUUGGAGCUCUGUUUUCAAACAUAAUGCAUAUUGUACAUUAAUGUAAUAUUCAUUUAGUGCUUCAGAAUGUAAAUCUAGAAAAUCAGUAGAUAGAACUAUACAGUGAAUUACUGUAUAUAUAUUACUGUAUAUAAAUGAUCAAUAUUUCAAAUUGAUCAUUUCAUGUUCACUCCUUCCAGUCACUUACCAUUUACAAAUGAGAGUUUGUUUACCUUGAUUACAGAGCCAAAGGUAGAUGG